UUUGAGCUAUAGCCCAUACAAAAUCUUGAAAAAUACAGAAUAGGCUAGUUUUUCUGAUCUUUUAGUCUAUUUUAAGAAUGGUCAUAGCCACCAUUUCUGCGCAUAUGAACCUACAAACAAACGUUCUGCGAUGCUUUUUAUUGAGGCUGGUUACUGUUUAACAUCCCCACCCAACUUUCAGUUUGUUUAGUAAAUCGAUCUAAUGACAGGCCCCUCACGCCCGCAAUGUGUGGCUGAAUGAAUUGUAGGCUACAUAUUUGCGACACUCAAUCUGUUGUACAGUGCGGACAUAAUUCAGAGGACGAAGAUCGAAAUUAAUUCUUAAAUUACUAGACUGCUGGAUUCAUGCACGUAGGCCGCAAUAAAGGUAAGUUCCGUCUUUCACGUUCGAACGAAGUAAGAGACAAUAGCAUGUAAAAGCAGGUCACAUCGUUUCGGAAAGUUAGGUACAGGCAGACAGCUUAACAAAACUAUGAAAUAUGACAUCUGGCUUACAUAUAGAACUUUAUUACACGAUAGUUCGGUGUAGUUGGUCGGUUCAUUGCGCUUCACAAUGUGGACCCUGGAUUAUGUUGCAUCACGUGAUUGUAGUGUUGUCAAAAUAGGGGUUCACGCUGUAUUCCACCUCUCUGGCUUCCAAAGCUAACCUACAAAAGCAAAAUUUGUGUUGGAUCAUAAAGCUAAAACUUCCGCUUUCGCUGUAACCUAUGUUUUAAACCUUUACGCUUGCGUGAUUUUGCUUAGCUAAUAGCCCUCUUAAUGUUAUGAAAUAAACUGAAAGUUAGGUAGGCUACUGUGUCAAAAGGCAUUUGAUUGUGGUAGAAUUGACUAUUCAGUCAAUGUUUGUAUAGUGUCACUGCCAGACGAGUAAAGCAGAAAAAGUAUUUUUCUCUAUAUAAUAUUACUUCCUUAUAUGUUUUAUUGUGUAUGUAGUAUGUUAGUAUGCUAUAAUUGCUCACUGAUUUUGUAGGCCUAUUCAAUAGCUGUAGAUAUAGCUAUGAGUUUUGUUUCAGAAAAUAUUACUUGAGGGCUCUUCUCAUGUAGAGAAGUUACACAAUACCAAUUCCUAUGGGAAGAGACAUUUCCGUCACGAGAAACAUUAGUGCAUCAGUGCCCAGUGACUGCAACAAAUACUUAUUUACACUGAUUUGUGGCUUACAUCUGCAGCAGUUUGUCAGAGCUUAAUUCAGCAAUAGGCUAUGCUGUGUUGAUGUAGAUGUAGAUGUUCUGUUUCCUGACCACUUAUUAUGACCAAUCAAAAACGAAAUGAAAUAGAACAAAAUUAAACAAAGCAAAAAACACGCUUCAUGAAAACACUUCAUGAAAGCACUGAAAUAUGUCCACAUAUUGGUUUUUUUUCUUUUUCUUACUGUGCCCAGUGACCGAGUCAAGUGGUACAUUUUUCCGGGUCUGUUUCCUUUAACCUACAAAGCAAUACUGGAGAGCAUGACAUAUUUUAUGGCACUGUGUUAACAUGGUGUGGAUGCACGCUAAGCUACCCACACACUUCCUCAUCCAGAGCCCUGACCUGCGGUCAUUAUGCUCGGUGUCCAGUGAAGGUUAAACACCACUGUUCCCUUUUUUAUUUUUAAAAUGCUGUAUGUGAAAACAAGGUGUUUUAAAUGUGAGAUAAAAUGGCCCUGUGUUUUGUGUAGUGCUAUUUUUUCUACUCUAGUAAGGCCCUUUCUUUUUUAACCAUUGGAGGAGACUUGCUUUCUGAGAAAUAUUCCCCUCAUAAUAAUAAAAAGGUUAUGACACGAAGGUCAUUCAUUGUAGUUCAUGACCCAAAGAAAGUUUCAGUAAUGAUUUAUCGGAAAAAAAAACCGUCCUAUCAGUUUAUUGCAUAAAUCCUCAGUGUAAUUAAGACAGAUGGUUAUAUGAUAGCAAUUCAGUUUUCCUGCUUAGAGAUACCAGUUAUUUCAUCACUUAAUUAUACAUCAGUCUAUUAAACCUCGUUGUUGGCGUGGUUGCUGGAGUGAAUGUUCUAAAUACUGGGGAAAAAAGGCUCCUAAAUCUGCUUUGACAUUAAAGAUAACGAUGAAGAAAAAUGUUAAUAUAAUUCUGGUUUGUAUCUACUUAUACAACAAAUGCAAACAUUAAUGACAUCUCCUGUGCUUUUUAAGAAUACAAAAAGCACACAGAUAAUGCCAGUGAACUUAAUGAUUGUUCUCAUUAAACCAAAACCCCUCUGGCUAGGUAGGUAAAACUCAAUGUUCCGCAUACAGUUUUACCACUUGUUCAUCGGUGUCAAUCAGACACACAAGUAAAUCUUUCACUAAUGGCUCCAGAAUGAGAAAAGGGCAUUAUCUUCAGAUCACUCUGAUAAAUUUGGAUAAGCACAGAUAAAGUUGCGUGAGCCCCAAGGUAAGCGGCCUCUGUCCAGGUAAAGCUCCUCCCUGUUGGCCUAGGAUGGCAAAUCAGCAGCAGUCAGUGAGAGAUAGCUAGAUGUGCAACCUCAGGUUACCUCAUGCAUGCCAAGCGCCAGGGCCCCGUCUGGGAAGAGGGCUUUGCAGAUAUAGUCGGGCAGGUAUGAAGCAUCCUCCAACACCCCUCUCCAAAUCCCUGCUGGACAUGGAGGUGGCCAAUUACUCGGAGGGUCUGGAUCCCACCUACGACACCUUGGGGUUUGAGAAUGCAGAAGUCCUCUACGCAGGGGACAUCAUGCCGGCAGAGCCCAACAUGAGCCAAGGGGACAACGGCAUGACCUCCAACUGUGCCAUCUGCGGGGACAAAGCCACUGGCAAGCACUACGGAGCCUCCAGCUGCGAUGGCUGCAAGGGCUUCUUCAGACGGAGCAUACGCAAGAGCCAUGUUUACUCCUGCAGGUUCAAUCGCCAAUGUGUUGUCGAUAAAGACAAGAGAAAUCAGUGUCGGUUUUGCCGUCUACACAAAUGCUUCCGGGCCGGAAUGAAGAAAGAAGCGGUACAAAAUGAAAGGGAUCGUAUCAGCUCAAGAAGAAACAUACAGGAAACCAAUGACCUGCCCCCUAUCACCUUACUUGCUCAAGCAGAGGCCCUAUCACAACAGAUCAACGUCGUCAACCCCACAGCGCCUCCUGAUGUCUUGGAGAAGAAAUCUGCCACCAUAACGGACGUCUGCGAGUCCAUGAAACAACAGCUGCUCGUUCUGGUAGAAUGGGCUAAAUACAUUCCGGCUUUCAGUGAACUGCCACUUGAUGACCAGGUGAGUCUUCUACGUGCUCAUGCUGGAGAACACCUCUUGCUUGGUGUUGCCAAGAGGUCAAUGCUCUUCAAAGACAUCUUGCUACUCGGUAAUGGUUGUGUAAUCCAACGGAACUGUCCUGAGGCGGAGAUCAAUCGAGUCGCCAACCGUGUCCUGGACGAAUUAGUCUUACCCUUCCAAGAUAUCCAGAUCGAUGACAAUGAAUAUGCAGCCUUAAAAGCUAUUGUUUUCUUUGACCCCGAUGCCAAGAGCCUUCGAGACCCGUCCAAGAUUAAAACCAUGAGGUAUCAGGUCCAGAUGAGCUUAGAGGACUACAUCAACGACCGGCAGUAUGACUCGCGAGGACGCUUCGGAGAGCUGCUCCUCCUGCUUCCCACGCUGCAGAGCAUUACCUGGCAGAUGAUUGAGCAGCUGCAGUUCAUCAAGCUCUUUGGCCUGGCUAAGAUCGACAACCUGUUGCAGGAGAUGCUGCUAGGAGGUCUAACAGCAGAGCAGCCCCACCUGCUUCCCCCCGGCCACCCCCAGCUUGCCCAGGAUCCUCACACAGGUCACACGCUGGUCAUCAGCACCAUCCCUGGUCCUGUGCACGUACAGCAGAUCGCUUCUCCAGAGACCCCCAUACCCUCUCCUCAGCAGAUUCCCAGUCAGGAGAUGUACAAAGCAGCGUCUAGUCCCCCCAUCAUCCUGCUGCCUGCCACUCAUCAGAUGAACAGAGAAUCCCCAGAACCCCCUCUCUGAACCAUCAUUGUGCUUUUUUACUAAACUAACUAUAGAUAACUGAUGUUAUAUUUUUAAAUGUGUACAUUUUAGUGGAUGAUUCUAUUUUUAUUAUGUCCCUGCUUUAUGCUGAUGUUAGUAAGUUUGUAAAUUCUGUUAAAUGCUGUGGGGUUGUUUGUUGUUAGUUGUGAUGUAGCAUUCAUUUUGUACGGCCAAACCCAAUGUGGCUAGGUGUUGUAACUCGAAAAACAUGAUAAAUGAAUGUGAUUUUGGCUAAAUCUCAUUCAUGUGAGGCCUCUUGUAUUUUCACAUUCAUGAAAGAGGUAAUGUAUUCUCCACAAGUAAAUAUUCUAUGUGACUGUCAUGUCCGUUAUGUUAUGUCUGAUGCAUGUGCAGUUGAUAGCAUUUAAGAACACCAGUUCGUAAUGAAAAAGUCAGGUAAUUUAUUUAGUAAAGAUAUUUUAGACAAAAUGUUGUCUAAUUUUGAAAACUAAAUGCUUUGUAUAAACAUUUGUAUGCUUAUGAAUAAAGGGAUAUCAAAGACA